AUGGCUCCGCACAGCCUUGACCUCGAGGAUGAUAUGACAGCCGUUGAGGAGAUCCACACCAAAGAAUCCAAGACUGGAGAUGAUAUGAUGACUACUGCAUCAGAUCAUAUGCCAAAAUACAUGCAUUACAGGCCUUCAGGGCAGGAUUUCGUAGGGCAGCAGGUCAUGCCUCUCUACGCCGAUGGCAACUGGUGGCUAACUGCUUACCACGAUGUCUACUUUGUCCAAGAGGACUGGGUUGAACAAUUCACCAUCCAUAACGACCUGGACAAAACGAUUCACGAGACAAGGAGACUCGAGCGUGGCAGUCGUGUGAUCAAGGGGACUGAACUCAUGACUGGCGUCACUGCCGGCGCAGGUUUCUCUGGAUGGGGAUUCAGCAUGAAUGUUGGCGCGACUGUCGAGAACAAAACGUUUCAGUCAAACGAGACAUCGGAAGUUCAAGGAUACGAGCGAACCUUUGAAGUCGAACCGAAGAAGAGUCUCUUCGCAUACCAAAAGGUAUACACCUUUAAGCUGAGAGUGUGGUUCAUCUGGAGGGACAAGAAUCAGUUCGGUGGGAAAGAUCUGGUCUAUGCGUACAGCUCCGCAGGUGACGCUGUCAUCAAAGAAUGCGUCCAGACCAUUUCAUGCGACCAAUGGUACUAUAGCAACGAAAAACUAGGAUCCGCAACAGUCAACGUUACGAUCCCAUAUCCUAACCCUACCCCGCGAGAACCUAGAGGAGCUGUGUGUCAGUGGAAGAACAUGAACGGCGCUUCGCAGCACCAGAUAAGAACCAAAUACCCAUCUGCUGCAAAAUAA